AUGUACGCAGUGUGCAGCGACGUGCAGACUCUGCAUGGCAGCAGCAUCAACCUGGCAGCGCCCAUGUGGACAGGAUGUUGCCCUGAUGCUGCCGUACAGAAAGAGGAUGCUCGUGUGCAACUUGGUUUCCCAAGGAGAGGAUGCUGUCUGGUGUUUGGAUUCAUGUACAAGGAGAAGUAUCGACGCAUGACUGAAGGCCCAGCAUCUUCUUUUACACAGCAGCCUCAGGACCAAGUAGUGAUCGCCGGGCAACCUGUGACCUUGCUAUGUGCUAUUCCAGAGUACAAUGGAAUCGUGCUGUGGAUUAAAGAUGGACUUGCUCUUGGAGUAGGCCGGGAUCUCUCAAGCUACCCACGCUAUUUGGUUGUGGGGGACCAUCUGUCAGGGGAACAUCACCUGAAGAUUCUGAGAGCAGAUCUCCAAGAUGAUGCUGUGUAUGAAUGCCAGGCUAUUCAGGCUGCCAUCCGUUCCAGACCAGCCCGACUGACCGUCCUCGUGCCUCCAGAUGACCCAGUUAUUAAUGGCGGACCCAUCAUUAGCCUGCGGGCUGGAGAUCCUCUGAAUCUGACCUGCCAUGCUGACAAUGCCAAACCAGCAGCAUCCAUUAUUUGGAUGCGAAGAGGAGAAGUCAUAAAUGGAGCAACCUAUUCUAAGACAGUGCUCCGUGAUGGGAAGAGAGAGAGCAUCAUGAGCACACUCUUUGUCUCUCCAUCCGACAUCGAGAAUGGCCAGACCAUUGUCUGCCGGGCCACCAACAAAGCCAUUCCCAGUGGAAAGGAAACCUCUGUCACUAUUGAUAUUCAACAUCCGCCACUUGUCAACCUGUCAGUGGAACCUCAACCUGUCCUUGAAGACAACACAGUAAAGUUUCAUUGCUCUGCAAAAGCCAAUCCUGCCGUCACUCAAUACAGGUGGGCCAAAAAGGGACACAUUAUAAAGGAAGCAUCAGGCGACUCCUAUGAGGCCAUUGUUGACCACACCUAUUUUUUUGAACCCAUAUCCUGUGAGGUGACCAAUGCUUUGGGCAGCACCAACAUCAGCAGGACAGUAGAUGUCUACUUUGGGCCACGCAUGAUGUCUGAACCACAAUCCCUCCUUGUUGACCUUGGAUCAGACGCUGUAUUUAACUGUGCGUGGAUUGGAAAUCCAUCUCUGACCAUCGUUUGGAUGAAGCGAGGCUCGGGUGUGGUCCUGAGCAAUGAGAACACACUGACAUUAAAAAACGUCCGCCAAGAAGAUGCUGGGAAAUACGUGUGCCGAGCGGUGGUGCCACGUGUGGGAGCAGGAGAACGGGAAGUGUCGCUGACUGUCAAUGGGCCACCUAUAAUCUCCAGCACACAGACACAGCAUGCACUUCAUGGGGAAAAGGGCCAGAUCAAAUGCUUCAUUCGUAGCACUCCUCCACCAGACCGAAUUGCCUGGUCCUGGAAGGAGAAUGUGCUGGAGUCAGGUACCUCUGGGCGAUACACAGUAGAAACUGUCAGCACAGACGAAGGUGUGAUCUCCACAUUAACCAUCAGCAACAUCGUACGAGCCGACUUCCAGACUAUCUACAACUGCACGGCCUGGAACAGUUUCGGUUCCGACACUGAGAUCAUCCGUCUGAAAGAACAAGGUACGGAAAUGAAAUCAGGAGCUGGUAUGGAAGCAGAGUCAGUGCCAAUGGCAGUCAUUAUAGGCGUUGCAGUUGGAGCUGGUGUGGCAUUCUUGGUGCUGAUGGCUACCAUUGUGGCCUUCUGUUGUGCUCGUUCACAGAGAAAUCUGAAAGGUGUGGUUUCAGCCACGAAUGAUAUCCGCGUUGCGAUUGUGCAUUAAAGAGUCGCCUGCAGAGCAAAAUGGGAACACCCAACGAUCAAGCAGUUGAUGAUGGGAAGAAGUGAGUUCCAGCAGGAUUCCGUUUUGAAGCAGCUGGAGGUGCUCAAAGAGGAAGAGAAAGAAUUCCAGAAUCUAAAGGAUCCUACAAAUGGAUAUUACAGUGUGAAUACCUUCAAGGACCAUCACUCCACCCCCACCAUCUCUCUCUCGGGUUGCCAGCCAGAUCUGAGACCCGCCAACAAGCAGCGUGUGCCGACUGGCAUGUCCUUCACCAACAUCUACACGACCCUGAGCGGCCAGAACCGCCUCUAUGACUACAGCCAGCGCUUUGUCUUGGGCAUGGGAAGCAGUUCCAUUGAGUUGUGUGAGCGAGAGUUCCAGCGGGGCUCCAUGAGUGAUAGCAGCUCCUUCCUGGACACGCAGUGUGACAGCAGCGUCAGCAGCAGCGGCAAGCAGGAUGGCUAUGUACAAUUUGACAAGACUAGCAAGGCCUCAGCCUCAUCUUCCCAUCACUCCCAAUCCUCAUCUCAAAACUCAGAUCCCACCCGGCCACUGCAGAGGAGAAUGCAGACCCACGUGUGAAAAAGUGGUGGGAGAACAGGACUGGAAACGCAGCAGGCCGGGAGGGAAAGCAGGACAAGACAGGACAGACUGACCAAGAGAGCUGGUCAAAGUAGCCAGCCAGUCUGGAGCCUUGCCCUGCCAGUAAGCGGGGGGCUGCUGGACAUCAGCACCUUCCGCAUGGGGUGGAGGCGGUUCUGUAAUUUUAUUUGGAUUCUGGUGUCUUUUAAUCCCCCAAAGCAUUCCUCCCCUCCCCACUCUUUAGAGAAAAGACUACAAGGUGAAGGGAGCUAGAAGCCUAUGAUGCAGAUAAAACUGUCCAAGCAAAGAGAUUUAUACCUUCCUUCCUAGACCCUUUUGACCCCUAUUAAGCAGGUGGAGAAACUCCGCGGCAGCUGAACCCAAACUAACUUUAAGCACAACUUCUGUUUUCUUCCUGUAGGAGACUGGGCUUAGGGAAAUGGGAGCGAAGAAAGGCAAGAUCCAUACACUUAAACUGUUCCUUUAUGUAACACUUUGCCUAUUCUUCCAGACAGUGAAAGUUCAGGCUUCUAAACUCAACUCCAGAGGUUCCCCAGUCUUUAGUGGGACACUAGGAACACCUGCCUUUCCCUCUUUCAUUUCAAGUAAGAUGACCUGCCUGGCCAUAAGAUGUCUUGAGACAGUACAUGGUCUUCCUGUUGACCAGCCAUUUAAUACUUCCCAGUGCUGCCAGUGCAUAGCACUCCCAGUUCUAGCUAAGAGGUACAGCCAUACAUGCUACCUUUCUAAUAAACCUCUGUUGGCGGUUGCUUCAUGGAGACAGGAUGGUCAGUGCUCCUAGUGGUUCCCUCCAUUUUCUCUUCCUUUGUGAGAUUGCUUCCUGACUGUGGACAUUUCAGAGAACGAUGCACCUGCAAAGCUGUUAAGUACACCAGCCAACUACCCUUCCUGAUGCUUUAGCCCUAUUUGCAAAACUGUAACCCCUAAAUGUGUUCUUCAAGCAACCUCAAAGAGUGUGGCUUCAUUUUAGGAAGAUCGGUGUGUGAGGGUGGGAGGGGGAACAGCCAUUGGUGUAACUUAAUGUACACUCUUAAUUUUGGUCUUUUUAUUUCAUUUUAUUUCUUUCCCUUUUUGUUUGAUGUUUGGUGUUCAUAAUAUUACAGUGUGUCUUUGGACUAAAAAAAACUGUUGGAGUUGAGAACUUUUAAAGAGUUGCUUCUCAGCAGAAUACGCAUUGCCAGACACACACAUACAACGCACAUGAAGAAUACUAUCAGUUGCAAACGAACUGGUGGUAGAUGGAGGACUGAGCUCACUCUGAGUGAUGUGACAAUCCGAGAAGACAUUCCCUAAGUGGGAUACUGAGAGUCAACACAGAGCAUUUUUCUUACUGUUGCUUGUGUAUUUCUGUCCUCUUCUUCUUACCUCGACCCUCCUCCCACCUCCAUCAAUAGCACAACUGGAACAUUAAUACAAGAAUUGUUACAAGCA